CGGCGAGUACUCACAUGUCUAACACCAGGCGGCCGUGUGUCCAGCGUGACUUGCUACGCGAACAAAGAGCAAUGUAUAUUUAAUGUAUUUUGGAGAAACUCACACUAAUAAACACAAAGGUGGCAAAGGCACUCUUGAUUAUCCGAACUUGAAAUAAUCUGAAUGUCCACGCAUUACGAUUGCAUCGUGGUCGGGAGCGGCCAUGCAGGUUGCUCGGCAGCCCUUGCGGCUGUUGAGGCAGGUUGUACCUCUGUCCUUAUUGUCGAAAAAGCCCCCAAAGAUUGGGUCGGCGGCAACGGCUACUUCACAGCAGGUGCGCAUCGAACAGUCCACGAGGGACUACAAGAUCUCCUCCCAAUCGUGCGCAAUGUCACGCCAGAGCAGGCAUCUAAGAUCGACAUGGAUCCCUAUACCGUCGAGGACUUCACCGGAGAUAUUAUGCGCCUUGGCCAAGAUAAGCCAGACGCUAAGCUGGUGAAAUCUAUGGUAGAAUCUUCGAGAGAAGCGGUAGAAUGGCUCGCGCGGAUCAUAGAUAUUCCGUUCAUUCUGUCAUUCCACCGCCAAGCAUAUGAAGUGCAUGGGAGGCAAAAGUUCUGGGGUGGUAUGGCACUCAGUACCGAAGAUGGCGGAAAGGGGUUAAUUAAGGCGCAUAUGAAGGCACUAGAGAAGGCUGGAGUGGAGAUUUGGUUCGAGGCUCCUGCCGUAAGGCUCAGGGUUGAAAAGACUGCAAUAACGGGUCUUGUGAUUCAGAUAGACGGCAAGGAAUUGAAUCUUUCAGCCUCCUCAGUCGUGUUGGCAGCAGGAGGUUAUGAAUCUAGCUCAGAGCUCCGGGCUAAACAUCUUGGCUCUGAAUGGGAAAAGGCACGCGUCAGGGGCACUCCUUACAACACGGGCGAUGGCUUUGCCAUGACCCAACUUGUUGGUGCAAAAUUUGUCGGAGAUUGGGCAGGGUGUCACAGCACGUGUUGGGAUGCAAAUGCACCAGCAGACACAGGAGACAGGGAGCUCAGCAAUCAAUUCACGAAGUCAGGCUAUCCUCUGGGUAUCAUGGUUAACAUCUAUGGCCAACGCUUCGUUGACGAAGGGGAGGAUUUCAGAAAUUUCACAUAUGCCAAGUUUGGGCGACAAAUUCUUCUUCAACCGGAAGGGUGUGCAUUUCAAGUGUGGGGUGCAGACAUGGUUCCAUUUCUCCGAAAAGAGGAAUAUGGAGAUGACAUCGUCGAGAAGAUCUGUGCUGGGAACAUGGAGGAACUUGCAGACAAACUACUUGAGAAAGGGCUCAAGGACAAGGAGUGUUUUCUCAAGACAGUGCACAAUUAUAAUGCGGCAGUCCAAAAUCAUCGAGCUGAACACCCAACUCUGAGAUGGGACCCCACGUUCAAAGAUGGACUCUCGACUCAGUCUACCACGGGAGCGCUGCAGCUUCCAAAAUCAAACUGGGCACUGCCAAUAGAUCAGGGACCUUUCCUGGCGGUAAAAGUCGCGUGUGGUAUCACCUUUACCUUCGGCGGGCUCGCUAUAGAUCCGGAUACUGCUGGCGUACUUUCGAAAGAGACAGAUGCGCCAAUUAAAGGCCUUUUCUGCACGGGGGAAAUGGUUGGUGGUUUGUUCAGUGACAACUACCCCGGAGGUAGCGGUCUGACUGCUGGAGCUGUAUUUGGACGCAAAGCGGGGGCCCAAGCAGCCAAGCUCGCUGGGAAAUCGGUCAAGUAAAAGGUACGGGAAGGUUUGAAUGCGGGCGGAGGGGGCGAGAAGGUGAUAGAAGGUGUAGAGACGGUACCGGGGGGCUGGCUGAGGUGGCAUUAGUUGAAAUGUAAACGAGCUUGCAGUGUGACAUCUGCUGGCCCAUCCUAUAUGUUAUGACACCAAAGUCUGUGGCAAUUAGUUGUUUUUUGAAACGUCGGAGUCCAAUAAAAGAUCAUUUCUCUCUCGUUUACUCGAACGAUGUGCUGAAGGAAACGAAAUAGUCCACAGGCACACUAACAACUCGUGCUCACAGAGUAAGGAUCGACGCUGAGCGCUAGCGUUGAGUACACAAGCAUUUAG